GCGUAUUAAUUCGCUUCUUCCAGACUCCGUUUCUUUUACUUUCACUGUUUUUUUUUGGUGAUGCCUUUUCCUUUUCCUCCAAAUCAUUACAAGCCAGUUGUCUAAUUAGACCCAUCAACGAUGAAGAUCAUCCCACUGCCCUCAUCUCAACGGUGUUCGAUGGAUUCCCAUUUAGCUUUUCAGCGGAGAUCCGAUUCGAACCCGGUUUAAGGGCUUUGAAUUUGGCGUUUGGGGAGUUGGGAUUGAAUUGAAAUCGCAUUUCAAUAUCUGGGUUUGAUUAGUUUUUGACUCUCGCUUUACUUUCUUCUCUUGUUCUUCGUGUUCUUCGUGUUGUUCUUGUUGUUCUUCUUCUUCUUUUGCGUUUCCUUUACUGUUUUUUGUCUCUAUGGUUUCCUCUAUUGCAAACCAAGCUUCCUUUCCAGCUUGCAGAGAGGACCCUUUGUACUUGACGCUUUGCCUUACAAUACCCACCAACCAUUUUCAUCCACCUCUUCUUUUCUGACCCUUUAAAAUCCUCUCCAAUUAUCUUAUUCAAUCCUCUCCAAACAUUUUUGUUUUUGUCUCCUCUUCUCCUCCUCCUCUUCCAUCUUCUAUUGCCCCACUAUCCCUUCUUCUUCAUUACUCCUUUUCUGCUCUCUCUUUUUGGGGCUCUGGAUUUGUUGUUGGGUUUCAGUUCUUUCAGACAACAUUUUGGCAUAUCCCCCCAUGCUUUCCGCCUCUCCAUUGCCUCAUCACGAUUCCCUUUGCUUCCCUUUCUGGGUCAUGGAGGAACACCCAAAUCUGGGUCCAUAAGGUUCUUAAUUCUUAACUCAUACAUGAAUUUCCAGAUGGGAAUGUGUUGAAACUUGUUAGGAGGAGGUUGAACUUGAAGUUCCCUUUGGUGUUUUAGCAUACAAUCGAUCGGUUAUGGCGUCCGGGAACUCGUUGAAUGAUCAUUUAUCUAAGAAGACUUCAUUUUGGGGCUUGUCAUUGUGGGUUUUGAUAUGCAUUUGCAUUGGUGCAUUCAUAGUUUUGAUUCUUGGUUUGUUAUCCAUCUGGAUCCUGUUUCGAAAAAAAUCUAAAAGAUCCAUGGACAAGCUCCCCAUUUCCCAGAUACCUAAUUUUUCAAAAGAUAUCAGGAUAGAUCAGGUUGGGACUCAAAUUCCCAAUGAUCACCCUGAAAAUAGGCUUCUUUCUGUUGAUGUCAAGAGAAAUCUUGAACAUUCUGAAGUUAUGGCUAUCACGAAAUCGAGUGAACCUGAUAACAAUAGCCAAUGUAGUUCUACUUAUCAACACGAAAAAGUUGGCAAUUCACAAUCUGGGGAAGAAGGAAGCUCUGGAAAUGCUCGGAAGCAGGCUUCGAGGUCGCAUGGUGGAUAUGGAGGAAUUGUGCCACCGUCUCCUCUCGUUGGCUUGCCAGAAAUUUCGCAUCUUGGGUGGGGUCAUUGGUUCACUCUCAGGGAUCUAGAGCUUGCUACGAAUCGUUUUUCGACUGAGAAUAUUCUUGGGGAAGGAGGAUAUGGAGUUGUGUAUAAGGGCAGACUCAUCAAUGGCACUGAGGUUGCAGUGAAAAAACUUCUCAAUAAUCUGGGUCAGGCAGAGAAAGAAUUUAGAGUUGAAGUGGAGGCUAUUGGCCAUGUUCGACAUAAGAAUCUUGUCCGACUGCUCGGUUAUUGCAUAGAAGGAGUUCAUAGGAUGCUAGUAUAUGAGUAUGUGAACAAUGGAAAUCUAGAACAGUGGCUACACGGAGCCAUGAGCCAACACGGCACGUUUACUUGGGAGGCUCGCAUGAGGGUGCUUCUUGGCACGGCUAAGGCGCUUGCCUAUUUACACGAAGCAAUCGAGCCGAAAGUUGUUCAUAGAGAUAUCAAAUCGAGCAACAUUUUGAUUGAUGAUGAGUUCAAUGCCAAAGUUUCUGAUUUUGGAUUGGCCAAACUCUUGGGCUCUGGAGAGAGUCACAUCACAACUAGAGUUAUGGGAACAUUUGGGUACGUGGCACCAGAAUAUGCAAAUACGGGCUUGUUGAAUGAAAAGAGUGACAUUUAUAGCUUUGGCGUUCUCCUGCUAGAAGCAAUUACCGGGAGGGACCCUGUGGACUAUGCUCGUCCUUCUAAUGAGGUUAAUCUUGUCGAGUGGCUAAAGAUGAUGGUAGCAACAAGGAGAGCAGAGGAAGUUGUGGACACGAACCUUGAGACCAAGCCAACAACUCGUGCUUUAAAACGUGCCCUUCUUGUCGCACUUCGAUGUAUCGAUCCAGAAUCAAUCAAGAGACCGAAGAUGAGUCAAGUUGUACGAAUGCUCGAAGCGGACGAAUUUCCACUGCACGAGGAUAGAAGGAACCGAAAAAGCCGAUCAAUAAGCUUGGAGAUCGAGUCGAUGAAAGAAAUAUCAGGUUCAGAAGCGACGGGUGGGCCAUCGGAGAGCCAUAAAUCAGAGACAAACCAUGGAUAGAACUGAGCAUAGUAAAUUAUAUUUGUAAAGAGAAGUUUGAAUUGAUGGUGGUGUGGAGGUUCUGGUGUUUGUUGUGAAGACAAGACAAAAGGGGGUCUGAGAGGGACAGACAGAGAGAAGGGGUUGAAAGAGAUUGUACAGGCUUGUCUGAAGGACCACCGGACAUGGCCAUGCCCGACCUGCCUUCUCUUUACUUUUACAUCAUUGUAAUUUCUUUUUCUUUUUCUCCUUUUUGGGCAUCUCUUUCAUUGCUGUUCUCUGCAUGUUCCCCCUUACUC